AGAAGAACAAGAAGAAGAAGAAGAAGCGUGUACACAGGAAUAACGGCCUGACGCAGUUAGCUGAUGUUGAAUUAGGAAGAAGAAGUAAUGGUUAACUGUCACCACUUCAACGGACUUUGGAUGCUGCCGUCGACGCCGAUGUACAAGGUCUGUGAGUUGAAUGCGGACUCCAGGUAGUAGUGAGUUGUAGCUGCUCCGUGCUGUUAGCUAAACCUCUGUCGUUAUAUUUCGUUAAGAGGAAUGCAACGAGCUCCGCUUCUCCUUAAAAGCUCACUACAGGAACAUGACCUCUAUUUGUUAAGUGUUCUGCAUUUUAAACUAACUGUUAUUUGAAAGUCAUGGCGAACGACUUUGUGAAGAAGUUUGUACAGAUGUGUAAUUAUCUCCAAGACCCGCGCCAUGUAGCGAGGUUUCAGUAUGUCUGUGGCGUUAAAGGGACAUUUCCGGUUGAACCGGUCAAGCCCGAUAAUAGUGGAGAAGACUGUCCCGGUCUGAGGAAGAGGGUCCACCAGGGAGGUCCAAGCUCGGACGUUGGCGUUGGGAAUGGAGCAGCCGGGGAUGCGACCGCACCGCCGGUUAACGGGAUGCAGGCUGACGGUAGCGUCGUGCCCGAUGUCGCUGAUGUCGAUCCUGACACCGCCAGAGCCAAACCUCUCCGGAGGAACUCUCUGACCGGAGACGUGGGUCAAGAGUUCCUGAUCCAGAACAAGUUUCUGUUCUACCUGUUCACGUUUGGGACGGAGCUGGGAAACGAGAUGUUCUUCAUCGUCUUCUUCCCCUUCCUCUUCUGGAACAUCGACGCCCUGGUCAGCAGGAGGCUCAUCGUGGUCUGGGCCUGGAACCUGUUCGUGGGUCAGUCCACCAAGGACAUGGUCCGCUGGUCCCGGCCGGCCUCCCCCCCUGUGGUGAAGGUGGAGGUCUUCUACAACUCCGAGUACAGCAUGCCGUCCACGCACGCCAUGACGGGGACCGCCAUGCCCUUCUGUCUCUUCAUGCUGACCUAUGGCCGUUGGCAGUAUCCCUUCCUCUUUGGCUUUUGUGUGGCUCUCAGCUGGAGUGUGCUGGUGUGUGUAAGCAGAGUCUACAUGGGGAUGCAUUCUAUUCUGGAGGUAAUAACUGGCUUCCUCUACAGCCUUCUUAUUCUAGCCUUCUUCCAGCCUAUUUUGGACAAGAUCGACAACUUCUACAUGACGGACCACUUUGCUCCUCUUGUGAUUAUCGUGUCCCACGUCGGCCUCGGACUCGUGGCUUUCUCUCUGGACUCCUGGAGCACCUCUCGGGGUGACACGGCUCAGGGUCUGGGCACCGCGGCGGGAGCGGCCGUCGCUACCCACGUGAACUAUCAGCUGGGGCUGCUGCUGGAUCCACCGCUGUCCUCGCUUCCUCUAACUUUACCACCGAUCGGCACCAGUUUGGUGGUACUCGCUGUGCUCCGCUUCCUCAUCGGAGUCGCGGUCAUCCUCAUCACGAGAAUGGUUAUGAAAGCGGUGACUAUUCCGUUCUUAUGUCGCCUGUUCGCGCUGCCAACAGACGACGUAAGACAAGCGAGGCAGCACAUGAAAGUAGAGCUGCCGUACCGUUACAUCGUCUACAGUGUUGUUGGUUUCAGUUGUGUCUGUGUGGUGCCGCUCAUCUUUAGGAUCUUAAACCUGGCCUGAGUUUGUGUGUGUGUGUGUGUGUGUGUGUGUGUGUGUGUGUGUGUGUGUGUGUGUGUGUGUGUGUGUGUGUGUGUGUGUGUGUGCGCAAACUGUCAUUUACUGCUGACAUGUUCACCUUAUGUUGAAGGCAAAGAGCACUUGGAAACAUGCUGCUUGUUUCGACACAUGAUAAGGCUCAAAAACUGAUUUAAAGAAUACAUUUGGUGAUAUUCUGUUUUUUUUUUUGUUUUGUUUUUUGGACUGUCAAUGUUCCUCUAUGCCAUUGAGCUCCACUGACAUGUUCCUUCAGUAUGAUGAGUUGAUCCCACACACACCAUUCUCUCACUGUUAAUGCACUAAAUGUGUAUCGGUCCGAGGCUGAAAAUAGUCCACAACAAAUGUAAUCAUUACUUCUGUUUGACUUUCAAUACUCCAGCUGUUUUAAGGUAUAAUUAAGCCCUUUGUUAUUAUGGACCAGUGUGCUUCAGCUCCAGGAGGCACAGAUUAAAGAAAGUAGGAAGAUAUUGCACCAAA